GGGCUGGCGCCUCUGCCAGCAGCGACAGGGCGGGCGGGAUUUGGGAACAGCCUUCUCCAGCGCCUGGCUUCAUCUGUCUCUGCUCUGCUGUUCUCAGGCGGCUUCCAGAUCCACCCGAAGAAUCUCAUCAUGGGGCCCGUUUGGCUGCGAGGCUGGCGGGGGAACGAGCUGCAGAGGUGCAUCCGCAAGAAGCAGAUGGUGGGCGAUCGGAUGUUUGUAGAGGACUAUCACAAACUCAACAAGAGGAUCCGCUACUUGUACAAGCGCUUCAAUCGCACCGGAAAGCACCGCUAGGGAACAGCAGUGGCUUCAGCGUGUGGAAUGUAGCUCUGCGGCACUGCAGUCAGAAUAAAGCCAGCUUCCACACGA